CCGAGAUAACGCUCAGCCGCUACAGCACAAAUGUUUCAUGUCGACCCUUCAAGACAAAUACUGACAGACAUCGAAUACGAGCGAUUAUUGGAACGCCAGCAGGAAACGAUGGUGAGGACGAUGCUCUCCUGAUUCUCGCCGUCCUCGUCCACCCCGUCGCCUCCACCAUGAACCACACUCCCAGCCCCCACCUGUCCGACAGCGGCAAGCAGGCCGGCGGCGGCCUGCUGUGCAGCUUGGGUCUGGGAUCCGACCGGGGCGUCCGCUCCCCCGACAGCCUCACCCACACCCCCAGCCCCACGGAAGGAACGCCCAGCUCCAGCCCACCGCUGCUGCUGUCGCCCGGCCUGGGGGGCCUCGGGUUCGGCUCCCUCGGGGCCAUGGGCGAGGCAGCCGGAGCCGACUGGGAGAGCAGGGAGGAGCUGAGGCUCAGGGAGCUGGAGGAGGCUCGGGCCAGGGCCGCCCAGAUGGAGAAGACCAUGAGGUGGUGGUCGGACUGCACCGCCAACUGGAGGGAGAAGUGGAGCAAGGUUCGUGCGGAGCGUAACCGAGCGCGCGACGAGGUCCGUCAGCUCAGGCAGCGGCUGGACACCCUCACCAAGGAGCUGACCGGCAUCCGGCGCGAGCGGCAGGAGCUCGCCUCGGAGAACGAGACGCUACGGCAGGAGACGCUGCGCCUCCACGGCGACCACGCGCUGAACCUGCUGAAGGAGAUGCACCAGGACGAGCUGGGACGCAUCUCUGAGGACUUGGAGGACGAACUGGGAGCUCGAACCAGCAUGGACAAGAAGCUGGCCGAACUACGAGCUGAGAUGGAGCGGCUGCAGGUGGAGAACGCCGCAGAGUGGGGGCGUCGAGAGCGCCUGGAGACCGAGAAGCUGGGCCUGGAGAGGGACAACAAGAAACUGCGAGCUCAGGUUGAAGACCUGGAGGAGCAAUUGGCCAAGCAGCGCCGGCAGGCCGCCUCCGCGCUCGACAGCGACCUGAAGGUCAUCCAGACCGAGCUGUUCGAGAGGAACAAGGAGCUGGCCGACCUUCGCCACAUUCACGCUAAGCUAAAGAAGCAGUUCCAGGAGAAGACGGCAGAGCUCGCCCACGCCAACCGGAGGGUCGAGAGCCACGAGGCCGAAGUUAAAAAGUUACGACUGAGGAUGGAGACUAGAGGCCAGGAGGAAGGCUGGAGGAAGGAAUUCAACCAACUGUUGGAGCUGCAGAAAGAUGUGAUGAAGAAAGGGAUACCUGAGAAGCCCACACCUGAGGCCUUAAAAACUGCCAAAGACUCUCAGCCCUGGCCAGCUGCUUGA